AUGUUCGAUGAAUUACGAAAAAAUGGAAUUCUUCUUCUUUAUGUCAUUAUAAAAUGGCCAUUCAUUCCAGAAACAGAACAAAAAGCGAUUGUCAAUGAAGCCGUUGGCUUACUUGGUGGCAGAAAACGGGCCAUUUAUCCAAUCAAAGAAGGAGGUGGAACACGUUCAUCGAAAAAACAUUUUCGGGCUUAUGAAUGCGAACCGAAAAAAUCUUAUAUUAUUCCAGUGAAUUCAAAACCGGACAAAGUCAUGAAUAUACGUGUCCCAAAAAUGGGCUUAAAUUCACUGCGUAAAAUACUGAUAUCAAAAUUGAAUAAUGAAUCACAGAGUAAACUGAUCGAAUUGUACAAGGAAAAUGUUGGAUUUUGGUCAAAACUAGGCUUGGGUGCACUAGAAAUAUUGGAUGAUAUUGGCAUACCACGAGUCAAUACAGAAAUGAUGUAG